UUGAGUAGUAUGUUAUGCUUAAUAUAACGUCAAAAUACAAGAGUUGGGGACAAAAAUUAGAGAGCUGAACAAUUGUCACAUUAUUUAGUGCCGGAUGAACCGGGCGGUGAACAAACUACUUGAGAGUGACACCAACUACACGUUGAAACGAGUCACACUUGCCCUAAUUGAGUUGCACGGCAUGAAGACAGAACGGUUUGGGCGGAUGAUCGACAUUAUAUCCUGCAUCAUGUUUGACAGUUUUAGGUGUAAGGGUUCGCUGGAAAUGUCUGCAAAACCGCAUAGGAAAUGAGUAAGAUGAAUGACGGCAGCACUAAGCAGUUCAUUGAGGAUUACUGCAUCAAUAGGAUUAGACGCGGUAAUAUUGACUUAGACAACUACAGCCAUGUGAGCCGGGAGCCAUUCAACUUAGUGACAAGAAGAAUGAGGGAAAUAGGUGAAGAAAUUGAGAAUAGGAAUCCAGAGUUCUUUUCAGGGUGCUGUGAACAGCUUCAGAUUAGUGAAACGACGGCAUACGCAAAGUUUAGAGAUCUCGCUGAUGAGCUCUUUAAGGACCAAGAAAAUGGGCAAAGGGGAACAUGUAUGUCAUGGGGUAGGAUAGCAGCUUUUAUCACAUUCAGCGGUAGGUUAGCUCUUCAUUGUGCGUCGAAUAACAUGGAGUCGCUAGUACCAAGCGUCAUCGGCUGGACGGCCAGGUAUAUCGACACCAAGCUAGUCUCGUGGAUGAAUGAGCAUCAAGGCUGGAACGGCUUUUUGGAGUUCUUUGAUAAGGAUAGAAUGCAGAACAGGAGGGAGACUGACAUUCUUGGCGAUGCAAUCGGGACAGUGUUAACGUAUACGGCAGUAGGGGUUGGCGUUGUCGCAGGACUUGCUAUGUUUUUCAAACGGUGAACUCUCUUUCACUGAAAUAUAGACUUACUCCGCUACUGUAUCCGGAAAACUCGGAUUUGUAUGAAAGGGAUGAGAGGAAAUCAGUGCCCGCUGGUGUGUCUUAUAUCUACGAGUAUUUUCUUUUGCGACCUCAAGAUGACCACACUGGAAACAGGAAGGGAAAGAAAGACAACAAAUACCACCAACAAUCCUGUAUUCUUAAUAUCUCAAUUCCUCCCCCGCUAUGUAAACAGUGUAAAUAUGAUAUGUGACUUCGUCGAAAGGAAGCCAAAAGGAAAGCAGGAUGGACCACAGAAAGGAUGAAUCAAAACCCACACUCGAGAUAAAAUCAAGGCACCUUAAGCAAAAAAAAUAUCGUCGACAGUUAGCAGCGUGACUUUGAAAAAUGUUAUUGUCAAGAGGACAGGAGUUUUUAAUUUGUUUAAAUGCCACCCUGCAGCUGAAUAUUUAAUGUGCGUUUUGCUUGUCAAGUCCUGUUAAUUAUGGAAACAAAAAAGUAAUAAUAAGUUGUCUCAAGUAUAAACCCCCCCUUGUAAUCGUUGCAUUUCAGCUCCUUUUCAGACUUUGAAACUGGACAUGUUGACAUGUAACUUGAGGACACUUUUCUGUCUGACCAUGUCAAAAGAGAAUGUCGGUACAAGAUGCCGAACAAGAGGCGGCUUAAGGAUUGUCUGAUGUAACCAAGCCCCCCCCCCCCCUCCCCUUACAGUGUUUUUUUUUAAGAAUUUAUGUCUCCAAUCUGAUAUCAAUUUCAUCUUUCAAUGAAUCAUUUUUGGAGGGGGGCUUUUCAGCCAAGUUGUGUAGAAUUUUUUUUCCGUUUGCGGUUAGUAUUGAUUCGUGUCGGAACAACUAAAAACGGAGACUAUCAACCGUUUCGUGUUUCACCAUCUUGAAAGACAACAUGUCUUCUUUUUUAACUUGGGGGUGGAUACACGAAUCAGCGUGUAUGGACAAACAGGAAACAGUCUUUGUCUCUAAAGUAACAGAGCAUCUUGUACUGAUCAUACUUGCUUGGACAAUCCUUUUAUGCAUUGUAGAGUGUUUUGUAUCGGACCUAAUUCUCCUUUUGUGUACUUAUUUCUGGUGGGUGGAUGCCCAAAGGAAAGUGCAAUUCUGGCUGAAAUUCUAGACAAUCUCAUUAAGUGUUAGAGAGAUGUAACUCUGACUCAUAUCUAUAACCUAAAUGCUUGAAUUACAGGCUACUGUCAGGAGGGCCCAAUUUCAUGGCUCUGCUUAGCGCUGACUUCUGCGCUUGCAAUUAACACUCGCCGCUUACGUGCAAGCGCCGAAUUUCUGCGCUAGCUGUGUAAGCGUAGAAUGCAUAGUAAUGUGGAGUACGUAAGCGCACAAGUCAUACAUGUACCUCCCAGCUAACCAGCGAAAUAUGCUUGAUGUAAGCACAGAAUUCCCGGCUUCCUUAAGUGCCAAUUCCUUGCUUACGGCAUGUAUGAUAAGCAGGGCCAUGAAAAUGGGCCCUGACGGUCAACCUGGUUUUUUUUAGUGAUUACAUCAUUGUAGCUGGUUAGGUUUUGGGGUUUUGAGAUUACCAAAACAUGAAACAUUUUCAUUGAAGAUCCCUAUUUAGCCCAAAAGGAAAGGGUCACAUAGUUGGAAGGAUGGAUGGAGACUAACACCCAUUUCAGACAGGCGCUCCAGAGUCGCACCGAAGCAAGUUCUGAAUUAAGUACAUGAAAAGUUUGACAUCUGAAACAGUUGAAGUUGUAAGAUCGACUGUUGCAGUUGUUCAGAACGACCCUGGAGCACCUUGGUUUCAGACGUCGUUCUUGUCAUGAGCUGAGCCAAUAUAAGUUGGCCUGUCUGAAAACAAAAUUUAUGCGCCUGUCUGAAGUUUUUUAUUGACUCAAUCUGUCUCUUGAUAAAUCUUGGUAAAUCGUUUUGUGCUUUAGAUUUCCUGUACAUGUAUGUGUGUAUGGGACAGAAUCUGUAUGGAUGGUGUUACAGUGUACUGUGCAGUGUAAAAAAGGUGAAGUUCUUGCGGUUAGGUGUCCACUUUAUCUUUACAGGAGACUCUCCAAAGAAUGCAGGCUGUGGGGGGGGGGGACUCCCCCUCACAAUCAUCGUGACCAUUGUCAUAUGGAUGGCCGAUGAUGACGUCACACCAACGGGCGCUAAUCCGUUGACGUCAUGCUGCCCUCCCCCCCCCC